UGAUGGGAUUGUUUCAUUAUUCCAGCCAGCUGAUUGGUUAGUUCAGCUCAGACUCAGGACAGGACUCAGGAGGAGGAUGUGAGAAAGGGAGGAGAAGAAAGAGCUCAAGAAAGGAGGAAUAAUCACGUCUGUAGCCAUGGCAACAGGUCCAAGAAAGGAUGAAGUUGAACGUCAGAUGAAUGAACAGACUGUUCUUGAAAUUGAGCUGAGGACUGUUAAGCAGGACAAGAGAGUUUACAAGCAGCAGCAGAACAGCAAUGUGUUCUUCAGAGAGGACAAGACUAAGCUACUUAGUGAAUGUAAAAAAACCAUGGAUGAACUCAGGAAGGAGUACCAGGAAAUACAGCAAGAUGCGGAGAGAUGAAACACAACUCUUCAGUACUUUUAGUAUUAGAAAGGGAACUACAGUAGUACUGUGAGGUUUCAUAUUAUCAAGGAUGUAUUUAUAGAAAUCUAAAAAUUGAAUUGUUACGACUAAGUUUGCUGCUGGUGAGAAGCUUUCAUACAGCUUCCGCCAUAUUUUUUUUUAGCUCUGAAGGGUUAUGUGACCUGGGGGUUGGAGGUCACUCUCUCUCAGGACACGGGACUGGAUGAUCGACAGUGUUGUAGAUACAUGUAGAAGGGAGUCGGUGGCAGCCCUAGCCACGGUUUAUCUGCUGGAUGUAUGCUGAUCAAAUUUCUCAGUUUACUUGAAUAAUUAACAAACUUCUUGUAUGAUAUUACAGUAUUUUAUUAAGAAGCCACAAUGCAAUACAUGUUGAUGAUAUCACAGUAUAAAAAGCGUUGCUGAUUUUGACAACCACAAUCAUAUUUAUGAAAAUAGUUGUCUGUUUGUUGGUACCAAAUAUUGCCGGUAUGUUGAGUGAAAUAGCCUGGAAUUCAAUCAAUACAAGUUGACGUUGACAUACCA